GGGGCUGGCGGGACGAGACUCCGCGCGCGCACCAGCCGAAGCCGCACGAGGCAGCUACACCCUCCGACGCCCGAGAACACCCGAGAGCCGCCCGCCAUGUCCUGGGACGAUUACAUUAAGAAUCUGGUGGGGCCUGAUGUGCAGGACGCGGUCAUCUGCGGCUUCAACCCGUGCUGUGUGUGGGCCGCUCACCCAUGUGGGAGUCUGAGCAAGAUCACGCCCGCAGAGAUCGCCGCUCUGGCCGCUGAGGAUCGCACCAGCUUCUACACAAACGGCCUGACGCUGGGGGGGGUGCGCUGCAGCCUCAUCCGGGACAACAUUAACGACUCCCACACCAUGGACGUCAGGACGAAGGCGUCAGAGGGGCCAACGUAUAACAUCACCAUUGGGAAAACAAAUUCAGCUUUCGUCAUUGUGAUGGGAGGAGAAGGCAUCCACGGGGGGACGGUGAAUUCUAAAGCACACGCCAUGACCAAGUAUCUGCGAGAACGGAACAUGUGAUCUGCCGCCAUGACUACUGAUCCAGCUGCCAACAUCGGACCAACCAAUGAGUUCUUGUCUGCCCCUCCCCCUCCUGCCUUUUGGUUUUUUUAUCACUUUCGCUUCCCCGGUCAUCACAAUGAACGAUUUAUUUUUUUUUUUGAGAAAAGAAAAAGGAAAUUUAUAUCUGGUUUAAGAAUAAAAAAAAAUAUGCCAUA